AUGAGUGGAAUGGAUAUGGAGCGAGUUGUGGGAAAGCAGACUGUGGGCAGACAUGUUGUGGACAAGCAGGUUGUGGGAAAGCAGACUGUGGGUAGACAGGUUGAGGGCAAGCAGGUUGUGGGAAAGCAGGUUGUGUGCAAGCAGGUUGUAGGAAAGCAGGUUGUGGGCAAGCAGCAGACUGUGGGCAGACAGGUUGUGGAAAAGCAGGUUGUGGGCAAGCACACUGUGGGCAAGCAAACUAUGGGCAAGCAGCAGGUUGUGGGCAAGCAGAUUGUGGGAAAGCAGACUGUGGGCAAGCAGGUUGUGGGCAAGCAGGUUGUGGGUAAGCAGGUUGGGGGAAAGCAGGUUGGGGGAAAGCAGGUUGGGGGAAAGCAGGUUGUGGACAAGCAGGUUGUGAGUAAGCAGGUUGUGGGCAAGCAGGUUGUGGCCAAGCAGAUUGUGGGCAAGCAAACUGUAGGCAAGCAGGUUGUGGCCAAACAGGUUGUAGGCAAGCAGGUUGUGGGCAAGCAGAUUGUGAGCAGGCAGACUGUGGGUAAGCAGGUUGUGGGCAAGCAGGUUGUGGCCAAGCAGGUUGUAGGCAAGCAGGCUCUGAGCAAGCAGACUGUGGGCAAGCAGGUUGUGGCCAAGCAGGUUGUCAGCAAGCAGGCUGUGGGCAAGAAGGUUAUGGGCAAGCAGAUUGUGGGCAAGCAAACUGUGGGCAAGCAGCAGGUUGUGGGCAAGCAAACUGUGGGCAAGCAAACUGUGGGCAAGCAGGUUGUGGCCAAGCAGGUUGUAGGCAAGCAGGUUCUGAGCAAGCAGACUGUGGGCAAGCAGGUUGUGGGCAAGCAGGUUGUUAGAGAGCAGGUUGUGGGAAAGCAGGUUGUGGGAAAGCAGGUUGUGGACAAGCAGACUGUGGGCAAGCAGGUUUUGAGCAAGCAGGUUGUAGGCAAGCAGACUGAGGGCAAGCAGGUUGUUGGCAAGCAGAUUGUGGGCAAGCAGGUUGUGGGCAAGCAGAUUGUGGGCAAGCAAACUGUGGGCAAGCAGGUUGUGGGCAAGCAAUUUGUGGGAAAGCAGGUUUUGGGAAAGCAGGUUGUGGGAAAGCAGACUGUGGGCAAGCAGGUUGUAGGCAAGCAGGUUCUGGGCAAGCAGGUUGUGAGCAGGCAGACUGUGGGCAAGCAGGCUGUGGGCAAACAGACUGGGGGAAAGCAGACUGCGGGCAAGCAGGUUGUUGUGGGCAAGCAGAUAUUGGGCAAGCAAACUGUGGGCAAGCAGGUUGUGGGAAAGAAGGUUGUGGGAAAGCAGGUUGUGAGAAAGCAGACUCUGGGCAAGCAGACUGUGGGCAAGCAGGUUGUGGGCAAGCAGAAUGUGGGCAAGCAAACUGUGGGCAAGCAGCAGGUUUUAGGCAAGCAGGUUGUAGGCAAGCAGGUUGUGGGUAAGCAGGUUGUGAGCAGGCAGACUGUGGGCAAGCAGGUUGUGGGCAAGCAGACUGUCGGAAUGCAGACUGUGGGCAAGCAGGUUACUGUGGGCAAGCAGGUUGUGAGCAAGCACACUGUGGGUAAUCAGGUUGUGGCCAAGGAGGUUGUGAGCAAGCAGACUGUGGGCAAGCAGGUUGUGGGCAAGCAGAUUGUUGUGGGCAAGCAGGUUGUGGGGAAGCAGGUUGUGGGAAAGCAGGUUGUGGGAAAGCAGGUUGUGGACAAGCAGACUGUGGGCAAGCAGACUGUGGGCAAGCAGGUUGUGAGCAAUCAGACUUUGGGCAAGCAGGUUGUGAGCAAGCAGACUGUGGGCAAGAAGGUUGUGGGCAAACAGGUUGUGGGCAAGCAGGUUACUGUGGGCAAGCAAACUGUGGGCAAGCAGCUUGUGGGAAAGCAGGUUGUAGGCAAGCAGGAUGUGAGCAAGAAGACUGUGGGCAAGCAGGUUGUGGGCAGACAGGUUGUGGGAAAGCAGAGUGUGGGAAAGCAGAGUGUGGGCAGACAGGUUGUGGGCAAGCAGGUUGUUGGCAAGCAGGUUGGGGGCAAGCAGGUUGGGGGCAAGCAGGUUGUGGGCAAGCAGGUUUUGAGCAAGCAGACUGUGAGCAAACAGGUUGUCGGCCAGCAGGUUGUGGGCAUGCAGGUUGUGGGCAAGCAGACUGUGGGCAUGUAG